AACUCUCCAUCACCUCCGCAUUUAUUUGAUCAUCAGCCCAUCUCCCUCUUAUCGCUCAACCUGAACAUCGGCACAAUGGCAUCUGCUGCAGACAUCAAGCCCUGGCUCCGCGAGGCCUCACAGGCAUAUCUCCUCUCCAAAGCCAACAUCGUCGACGUCGAAACAGGCACUAUAAAACAAGAUCACUAUGUAGCAAUCAACAACGGCAAAAUCACUUCUGUCUCUCCCAGCCCACCAUCUCCAUCCGCCUUGCCAGCCUCAUACAUCACUGUCGAUUGCUCAGGCCAAUAUAUAAGCCCUGGCCUCUUCGACGCUCACGUCCACUUCGUCGCAGUCCCUGGCUUCAAUGGCCUCUCCAUGGCCUUUGGCAACUUCAACGAUGUCUCCCUCCUCCGCCAGCCAUACGUCGCCACCCAAAUGCUCCACCGCGGCUUCACCACUGUCCGCGACUGCGGCGGCGCCCAGCUCGCCUUCAAGCAAGCAAUCGAGGACGGCGUCUUCCCAGGCCCCCGCCUCUUCAUCGCAGGACACGCCCUCUCUCAGUCCGGAGGCCACGGCGACAUCCGCAGCUCCCACGACCACGUGCAGUGUUGCGCAGGACACACAAAUGGCCUCGGUCGCAUCUGCGACGGGGUGCCAGCCUGCAUGACCGCCGUCCGCGAGGAAAUCCGCUCAGGCGCGGACUUUAUCAAGAUCAUGGGCUCUGGUGGCGUGUCAACGCCUACAGAUCGCCUUGAGCAGCUGCAGUUCACCAACGCCGAGAUCCAGGCUAUUGUCGAGUGUGCAGAGAACGCGGGCACGUAUGUCACGGCGCACGCGUACACGCCCAAGGCAAUCCGGCACGCAAUUGAGAACGGGGUGAAGGGUAUCGAGCAUGGGAAUUUUAUCACGGAGGAGAUUGCGCGGCUUAUGGUGGAACGAGGGGUGUAUCUUACGCCGACGUUGAUUUCGUAUGCGGAGAUGGAUUCGGAGCGGUGGAGGGGGUAUUUACCUGCUGAUGGGCAGGCAAAGAACACGGAGGUGUUGAGCGCGGGUUUGAAAAGUUUGAAGACUGCUGCUGAUGCCGGGGUGACGAUUUGUUAUGGGAGUGAUCUGUUAGGCCCGUUGGGGUUGGCUCAGACAGGGGAGUUUGCGCUGAGAGCGCAGGCUUUGAGUCCGUUGGCUGUGUUACAGAGUGCGACUAUUAACCCGGCGAAGAUGGUAGGACAGCCGGAAUUACUUGGACAGAUUAAGGAGGGAUUCUGGGCGGAUGUGUUGUUCCUUAAUAGGAAUCCGUUGGAGGAUGUGACGGUCUUUGACCGGCCGGAGGAGUGUGUAUUGGGGGUGAUGAAGGAAGGCCGGGUGUAUAAAAGCCGCUGGGAGGGCUUGAAGGAGGAUGCGGAAAUUCCAGUGCGGAUUAAGUCUGCAUAAAAUUAAAUAGCCUACUCCUUCAAGUCAUUAACUACGGGAAGGAAGGAGUUAACGAACAUGUCAUGCCAUGUCAACCGUCAAUAUGGAUUAUUUACAUGUGACGGUAUCGCUUCAAAUUCCAACAUGUCCAAACCAGUCAACCCCAUCAGCGCCAUCUGAUCAUCAUGGCUCCAAAUCAUCUGCGGAUCUACAUCAAGAGAUAGAUGCGGCGAGUCAACAGUGCCUGUAUUGGACAGGUCCUGAUGAGCUUCUGACCCCGGCCAUUUUGGGAGCUCGUUCACACUAAGUCCCGCCGUAGCUUGCCCAUCUAUAGUAGUAGUGGCCAUCGUUGAUCCAAAUGUAGAAUCAGAGACCCCGAAUGGAGUGCUCCGCUGUUGCUCAGAGCCUGGGUUGGCCUUUGACGACACCCAUUGCGCCCAUUCACUAUACCCAGCGGCGUA